AUGACGACGACGGCAAUGACGACGACAACUGCGACGACGGCGAUAACGCCAUCACCGCCGCCGACGAUGACGACGACGUCAACAAUAGGCACCACCACUUCGGUGACGACGACGACAACGGUCGCGACAUCGAUCUCUGGUAGAUUCACGACGUCGACGGUAACAUCGCCAACUUCGACGACAAAGCCUCCUCUUCGGAGAAGACACACCACCGGCCCAGGCAUGACUUUUCCCGCUACGGAUCCUCCUUCGUAUUCCACCAGCAUGACUUUCUCGAGGACCAGCCCGUUGCCGAGCCCACAU